UGCCAGUGCAAGUUUAGCCGACGAUUCAAUCUUGGAACGCAUAUGAAGACACACGUCAAGGACCGUCAGAAGGACUUUGUUUGCAACACAUGCCACAAGGCCUUUGAUCGAAAGCACGACUGUGACCGGCACGUUGCAACUGUUCAUCGUGGGGAACGUUCAUAUGGAUGUGACCUCUGCAGCUCUUCAUUCAGCCGAAAGGACGCGCUCUUCCGCCAC